UGACUUAUCAAGGUCGUCUGGUAUUUGAGCUAUCCUAGCUCGAUUGUUACGCCUUGGUUCCGUUUUGCAAAAGUCAGUCCUGCAUCGGGUAGUUUUACUGAUCAAAAAUAAAUUCCGUCUGCAGUCCAUGCACAAUAGACAAAUGGUCACUAACAUUUUUUACCUCGGUCAAGGGGCCACAAAUUCCCAACUUUGGUACAUGUAUCAAUUUAAAUUGAUCAAUUUUAGGUUUCCUCUGUCUCAUUUUCUCAAAAUUAACGCAAGUUCGGGAUCUUCACUCGAUUUACCGAUAAGUCCCCUAUUCUCAGAAGUCUCAAGGUGUUCACACGCAUUAAGAAAAUCCUAUGAGAUUUUAAUGUGAAGAACUGCUCGCGGACGAGGUGUUUAUCCACCGAGUCUUCAUCACAACCUAGCCGCUAGGUUUUGAUUGAUGUCGUUCCUCAAGUUAAAGUAAAUGGCCAAUACUACAGUUUCACUCGAUGUAUGGAUCCAUUAGUACUUAGUUACUACCUUAAUCACAUGCUAGAAAAUAACUCGGUAAAUUGGUGGACCAUAGUUCACUUAUAUAUUAUGGACCAACCGUAUCAAAAAUCGUAUUCAUUUUUCUUCUCAAGGAGUUGAAUCAGUUUUAGUAUAUGCAGAUAACUUUGUCAGAUAUGUAUAGUUUCAUUUUUCAUAACAAACAUGCUUCGAUGAAUGCUACAUAUUUUGACUAACUGUUUGUCAACUGGCUGAUAUUGUAGCGUUCAUUAGGUUUACUGUCUGCUAGUGUCUUAAUCAUUGGCAUCUCUUCAUACGAGAUCGGAGCAUUAUUACCACACUUGCGUGAGGGACAGCGAUACUAUUCAAAUAUCCAGACUAAACAAUGUGGUGCACGUUUUUAUUGCGGGAUCUAGUGGCUUUGAACCUAGUGAUUGAACCAUUAAUGCACCUCUUAUGUGAUAAUCCAUAUACCUUGUAUUUUCAUGGAUUGGGUAGUCAUUAGCAGCUGAGGUCAACGUUGUUUCAAUUCAGUCUGGGCCUAACAAAAAAGACGAGAGCAUAAUAGUCAAUGUAUAUAGUAGAACAAUUACAUAUAUCCUUAGGCUAUUUUUAUAAAGGCAUUUUCACGAAUACUUUCACCCGUAGGUUUUCGUAUUAGCUGUAAUGUCUGAGACAAUUUUAGAUCAUUUGUAUUUGUUUAUAUUUUAGAUUUUGGUUAAUUCGUCCAACGCUCGUAUUUCUUUUGAUUUUUAACCGCAAAAAUAUUUGGGACUUCGGUUCUUAACUAACAACCAAUCAUCUGUUACAUUAUGAACUAUUAUGAGCUCAACAUUGAGCCCUUUUACAGAUUUGGUGGAUUCCUCAAGCCUAGGAAAGGUUGUUUACGAUGGCAGUGAGUUGGCUGUUUUGAGCUCGUUGUUUGAUAAAACUUCUAAGUAUGGGCAUGCAAAGUUAAAAAUAUUCAUUCGGAAUCUCAAUUUACCCCCAUCACAUCCCAUACGUAAAAGUCUUUGGUCACAGCUUUUAUCCACCAAAUAUUCCAUUAAUUUACAGAUUUCCGAUUCAAGCAUCCAUAGUAAUGAUAUUUCAACAACCAGUGUAACAAACAUUGAUGGUUCAUCAUUAUUGGCUGGUUACGAGUUUUCCAAUCAAAUGUUAUUGCCAACUUUUUUCUUAAAUACACUUGGUCAAAAUUGUUUACGGACAAUAUUACAUAAUAUUUUUAUUGACCGCCCAGAACUUGUUUAUGCUCCACAACUAUGGCCGUUGACAGCAUUAUUUCUACACUAUAUGCCUAUUACAGUUGUACGUAAAUGUAUACUCACUUUAUUGGAUCAACCUGGUAUUUUAAUUCAAACAAAAUCUGAUUGGAAAGAACAUUGUUUAUCAUUAGAAGAGUUGGCCUAUUUAUGUAAUCUUUUACGAAGAGAUAGUCAGAAACGUACCAUAUUGAUGACUUCCAAAUCAAAUGAGAAAAAUGUUAGUGCCACCUGUAAAGAAGAUGAAAGACGGCUUCAGUUGGCCCGUUGGUGUUUAUUACUGUGGAAGUUACCUUUCGAACAUCUUGUUUGUUUAAUUGAUAGCUUUUUGUUAGAAGGACCGAAAGUGUUCUAUCGUGCUGGUUUAGUUAUUCUUAAAGCCUCCUUAAGUGGAAAGUAUUCAAAGAUUAGCAGUGAAACCAAUGGAAUCGGGAGGAAUGUUGGUGAUUAUUCUCAUGGGUUUGUGUAUGAUGAAGAAAUAUUCAAACAUAUCCCAUUGACACCAUCAAAGUUAAUGAGAAAAAUGUUCUCACUGCGUGGUGUGAGUCGGACGAAAAUUUCUCAGGCAAUCAAAAGUGUUCAGUUUCUCCAAGUGAAUUUUGAUGUUGACAAACAGCUAAUUCAACCAUGUAAUAAAAGCGGAAAGAAUACAUUCGCUGCUUACUUACUUGGUGGUGAUGCUGAAAAACAAAUUCAUCCGUCUGAAUGCGUAUCGAGUACUGAAUUAGCUUCAAUUAUCACAUCGAUUGAUGAUCGCAAAUAUUCCUGUUUAUUCAAACCGUAUCGAGUAUUUUCAUCUAAUGUAGAUGGUAAUAGCCUGCGUACAUUUUAUGCUAAGGCAGCAGAGACAGAAAAUCCUGCAACAAUUCUAUUGGUACGUAGUUUGUCAAGGAAUAGUAUUAUUGGAGCUUUUUGUUCAGAUAGAUGGCAACCUCGUGUUGAAUCUGUUUACUAUGGAAAUGGUUUAUGCUUUCUAUUUCGCAUUAAACCUGGUCCAUUUGUUAUAUAUAGGUGGAUCGGAACAAGUUCUGAUGAUGAAAACAUUAUACAUUCCAUACAACACCAACGUUUUCAACGAGCUUCAAAUAAUGGUAUAGAAAUUGGUGGCAGUAUAAGUAAGGGACCUCCAGGUUUAAGCUUGGAUAGUUGUCUCACAACGGCUUCAAGUGGUCCAACUCUAACUUUUUCUAAUCCUUGCUUGAUUACUGAUCCAUCUGAUUUAACACAAACAGUUCAGUGUGAAAAUGGACAAAUUGGUUGUAUGUUCACUGUUGGAUUGGUCGAACUAAUUGGUUUUCAUGAUCUCUAAACCGUUUGAAAUUGCAUAAAUUAUUGGAUUUAUCUUCAAAUCAUCUUAUGAUAUUUUUUAAAAUAAAGUUUCCUUGAUCUGUUUAUUUAUUACAUCAUUAGCCUGUUUUAUAUAUGCGUGUAUGAGAGAGAUAUUUAUAAUUCUUUUUUUUGUUUUUCCUAUUUGUUUAUUAUCGGUCUUUGUAUAACAUAUAUUUAUGUAGUUGUAGACAAAUACAUUUGGGCAACUAACUACCUAUUUAACUAUGAUCUGUGUUAAAUGAAAACAUUCCUAUGCGAAAAAUACACAACACAAAUGAUAAUGAUUAUGUAUAUUCAUUUCUUUUCUUUAAUUUUCUAUCACUACUUCUGCUACUACUAUUACUAUUACUACCGCUAAUAUUCUCAUUAAAACCUAAAUGAUGUGCAAUUUAUUGUCUUUUUAUUGUCAAUCCUGUGCAAAACUCAUUUAUUUUAUUAUUUGUUUGUUUUUCUCUAGUCAUAUUCUCUUGCUCAAUCAUACCAAUACUUAUUUACUUGUUAAUAUUUAUUCAAACUAAGAAAAAUAACUGAUUUAUUUACUACUUAAUAGAAAUUUAUUUUAUUUGAAGUUUUGCAAACUUCUGUUUCUCAGUCAUUAAAAAUAAAUAAAUAUAUAUAUGUUUAUUUU